AUGGCUUCUUCAACCCGCCAAAGCAUCUCCCGUCUACACGACGACAAACCCGCGUUUAUAUACGGGACAGCGUGGAAAAAGGAGCACACUAAAAGACUGGUCAAGGAAGCGCUGGCUGUGGGAUUCCGAAGCGUCGAUACGGCUGCACAGCCACGCCAUUACCAGGAGGCGUUGGUAGGCGAGGCGCUGCGUGAGGCGUAUACUCAAGGUCUCUUGACGCGAGAUGAGUUAUACUUGCAAACAAAAUACACUACGCCUGCAGGCCAGGACCUAAACAACAUGCCCUAUGACCCCAACGUGCCCUUGGACACCCAGAUCCACACUUCAGUUGCAUCCUCGCUCCAGAACCUGCGGCAUGAAACCGACUCGCCAGACCAGACCUUUCUCGACUGCUUGCUUCUGCACUCGCCUCUACCCACAAUAGAGCAGACACUGCAAGCCUGGACGCUACUAGAGACCUAUGUCCCCCAUCGCAUCCGCAGCCUCGGCAUCUCAAACGUCACCCUGCCAGUCCUCGAAGCCCUCUAUCAGUCCGCCACCGUCAAGCCCAGUGUUGUGCAGAACCGCUUCUACCCCCAGACGCGCUUCGACGUGCCCCUCCGCAACUUCUGCACCCAACACGGUAUCGAGUACCAGUCGUUCUGGACGCUAACUGGGAAUCCCGCGCUCCUGAGAUGCGACCCUGUUGUGGCGCUCGCCCAGGCAGUGCAUGUCGAGAUUCCCGUUGCGCUGUAUGCGCUCGUUAUGGAUCGCGGUGUUGCGGUGCUGAACGGAAGUACCUCGACUGACCACAUGCGAAGCGAUCUGCAGGGCAUUGCAAAGGUGCGCGAGUGGGCUGCGGCGAAUCCGCGCGAUUUUGCGGAUAUCUCGCGGGCUUUUGAGGAUAUGGUCGGGUGA